AUGAAAUUAUUUGUCAAAGAUCUCACAGACUUCUACAACCUAGGCUCAGAAGAGACACGAGUCUCCGUAAUGUCGUAUUCAAGUUCUGCAAACAUCCACAUUGCGUUCUCGGCAAAUUUUGCGAAUAAAAACCAGUUUGAUUCGGCCGUCGAUGGCAUCUCGUUUACUGGUGGAGGAACUGCAACAGCAUUGGCUUUAAAUAUGACUUACAAUUAUAUGUUUACGUCACGUUAUGGAGCGAGAGGCCCAGGUAAGCAUCUAUAGCCUGCGUCGUUGACGGGCCACUAUAUCAGUUUGUUCUUAUUAUUUAUAUAUUUACAUCCGAUACCGUUCCUUAAAAUGUGUUCCAAUUUUUUAGAGUUCAAGAAAGUUCUGGUGAUAAUAACGGACGGACAAAGUUCAGGACCGGUUGAUUAUCCAGCCCAACAACUGAAGAACUCUGGUGUUGUGAUAUUCUGUGUGGGGAUUGGACAUGUAUCAGUGCGAGAAUUGAGAGCUAUGUCCUCAGAUCCAGUUGAUGAGCAUGUUAUUAUAUUGGCCAACUUUAUUCAACUAGAAAAGCUUGCUGGGAACAUGUCUGCGAAGACUUGCAAUG